AGGUUGUAAACAAACGCGUCCAUGGCAACCAAAAAGACUACGAAAAAAAGUGGGAAAAAGGGUAUUGAAAGUUCCCCAACAAUAGAUAAUUCAACACCCGAGGAAAAUUCUUUAAAAGUUGAGAGUAUAGUAGAAGAAACUACAGAUAAGGAAGAAGAUAAUAAAGAAACUCCUGAAGAAGCAAAGGCAGUAGAGCUGGAAGAAGAGUAUGAAAUCCCUGUUUUAGCUCAGAUUAUUGUAGAAAAUUACGAAGGGGAUAUAGAAAAAGGCUUCUUUCAUGGAAACGGUGAAGCUAGUUUCGAAGGCGGAUGCCAUUAUAAGGGCCAAUUUGUUAAAGGCGAAAUGCAUGGAGAAGGCAUUUAUACUUGGCCCGAUGGAUUGGUUUACGAAGGUAAUUUUGAGCGCAAUAGAAUAAAUGGAAAGGGUAAAUAUUAUUGGUUGGAUGGAACUGUUUACGAGGGGGAAGUUGAAAAUGGUGUUAGACAAGGAUAUGGUACUCAAGUCAUUAAAGGAGGGAAAAAAUACGAAGGGGAGUGGAAGUUAGGUAAAAGAUGUGGAAGAGGGAAAAUGGACUAUGAUGAAGAGGGAACGAGUUAUUAUAGUGGAGACUGGGUUGACAACAUAAGACAAGGCUGGGGCAUGAGAAGAUAUCCGUCAGGAUCAAUUUAUGUUGGAUGUUGGUGGAGGAACCGUCGGCAUGGGCAUGGAAAAAUGAGAUGGAAAAAUGAAUAUUAUGUUGGAGAGUUUAAGGAUGGUAUUCAACACGGACGUGGGCAACACGUUUGGCUAUCUAAAGGAAAGUCUGAUAGCUCUCAGUACCCGCUUCGAAAUAUAUACGAUGGUGAAUGGAAAAUGGGUGAAAGAGAAGGAUAUGGAGUUUUCUUUUACGCUAAUGGAGCACGCUACGAGGGUCAAUGGAAAAGAAAUGCAAAAGAGGGAAAAGGAAAAUUUAUCUUCAAGAAUGGUAGAGUUUACGAGGGAGAAUUUCACAAAGAUCAUAUUGUAGAUUAUCCUGAUUUCACUAUGGAUCACGCAACUACCCCUGAUUUGACUAACAUAAGAACGCGAACUCCUCUACCAAGUGAGGCUGCAAUGUCCGUCCAAUCCAAUGAGAGUAGAAAUACAUUAGGACCAAGCUUUCAAUUAGAUAUACCAAUAGAAGCUCAAGAUGAUGCAGAUCAGGUCAAGAACAUCGUUAUUAGAUAUAUUACGGAAUUAAGAAAGAUAUAUUCAUUUUAUAGCUGUUUGGGUAUUGAUCAUGAAAAAGAUCCGGAAGAAGUUUAUGUCAUGGAUAAAUUACAAUUUUGGCGUUUCUUGAAAGACAUUAAGCUACACCUCCGACAGUCUUUAUUCGACCUUGAUCUAAUUCUUGGUACAAGGCAUGAUCCUGAUCAGCCCGUUUUAUUCAGAGAUUUUCUUCAAUAUAUUGUUAACCUUUCCGCUCAUAUAUAUGGCAGUAAUAAUUUAGCCGCAUCUGUAAAGAGAUUAAUUGGUGAAAAUAUCCUUAAGUAUGCUUGUACAGUUGGUGGUCUUAUUUUUUCUGAUCCAAGGAGAACUCCACAUAUUACAUCUUAUCGGAGAGAUGCCUAUGCUAUAUUUCUAGCACUUGGAGGAGAGUCUUUAACAGCUCGACAGUUCCUCAUAUUGUUAAAAACUCUUAAUUUAUUAUCAAAGGAACUAACGGCAAAAAAUGUUAUUGAUGUCUUGGCUAGUGAUGAUGAUCUUAUUCGCCCUGAAGAAAAUGCUCUAAACCUUGAAAGGAAAAUCGUUUUCUUAGAGUUUUUAGAGGCUCUCGUUGGGUGUGCCCAAGUGUUUGUCACACCGGACUUAGCUCAGAGUGCUGUAAGGGCCUCAUUGACACCUUCGCCUCCACCAUCUAUGACACUUCAGGAACCACAAGACGCAGAAAUCAUUGAAGUAAAGAGUGCUGUAAGUCUUACAGAAAGGAAAUCUUCAUCUAAAGCUUUUAUUAAAGAAGAUUCGAAAGCUAGUAUUAAUGUAGCAAAAACACCAGGUUAGCGUUUUUCCUCAGCAAUAAAUCAUUGCUCUUUAAAAAGUCAUAAAAGAGAAUAAUUGCGUAAUAUUUUUUAUUAUCUAAAAUAUAGAAUUAGAUUAUGAUAAAGCGCCUGCGUCGGCGACUGAAGAGGGUAGAAGCUUAGCUGAAGAAGAGUUUAUCGAAGAAGUUGGCGAAGAGGAAGAAGAGGAGAAAGACUGGGAAAAAGAAGCUGAAGACGAAAUGGACGAAUCAACAAGGCAGUAUCAUUUAUGGACUCACCAAAUUCACGUCUUCUUUAAACUAAACUUUUUUCCUUCUGCUGAAAAGGAAAUUAUAUUAGCAAAAGCCAUAGAAUGCAGAUUAAAAUAUGAGAAGAAGCACCAGAGGUGUUUAGAGAGGAUAAGAAAAGAAAAAGAUGACACAGAUUGGCCGGAUGCGCAGAGGAGUAUCGAAGAUGAAGACAGGUCAAGGGCAGCAACAGCUAGUCAAGGACAAUUGUCCAGCGCCAAUAUAAGUACUGUGGCUUAACAAAAAAGACUGAUAAAGCGUAGUAAUAUUUAAAAAGGAAUAAAUAAAAUACUUUAUAUGAAAUUUUUAAUAGAAUAAAAAUAUUGAAAAAAAUAAAA